CACAAUCAACCUCAUUUGAUUUCCUGCAAUCAGUAACGACAUCUCAAGAACCCUUAACACAUUUCCUCACUUCUUUGGUACCUCCUUGAAGAAGGAAAAAAAAAAUCCCGUUACGCAUUUUUUUGUAAUUCUGAGUGACCCAUAUAACUGCCCGAAGAGAGGUACACGCGUGUGUGUGGGCAGCUGAGUGGCUUUGGAAAGGAACCAAGAAAGCAGCGCGUGAACCUUGCAGUCUCGAGUGCGCCAAAACAGACCGUAAUGUAGAGGAAUUCAUGGUUUGACGUCAAGAGGGGCAAUAAUCAACUAUUGAAAAUCUUUGAAAGGUCUGUCUGCGUUUCUACAGCCACUAAACCACUAAACGGAGAGGAAUUUCUCAAAAGGUUUCUCUUUGUGCUCUCCUUUUUACUUUUAAGAAAAAACAGUCAUUGCCCUGUUCUAAAGCCUCCCCAGACGUUUGCCUUACUGCAUUAUCAACUUCAUCACUGCAUUAUCUUACAUUUUUAUUUGAGAAAUUUAAAAAGCAACAUGGCUUCCCCCCAACACCAACAACUGCUGCCUCGCAACACAGAAGUGAGCUGUGACUCAAGUGGAGAUGGAGGCGUCUCCGUGAGGAUUGGCAGCAGUGCCAAACACAAGCAUGGAGGCGGGCCGCUGGGUUCAAUUGGGGGAGGCUUCAUUGGGGGAUCCAAGCACUGCAAGUACAGCAUUUCCUCCAGCUGUAGCUCCGGAGAGUCCGGAGCCAGGAGGCCCGGGGCCAAGAGCAAUCGCGCUCAGAGGAAGAUGCCGCAGCUUUUUGAGAGAUCUGCUGGUCACUUUUGGGACCCAAAGUUUGACUCUGCGAUCCUGGAGGAGGCCUGUAGGGAACGGUGUUUCCCUCAGACCCAGCGGCGCUUCCGCUAUGUGCUCUUUUUCCUGGUUACCGCCGCCCUCCUCUGGGGAUUCUACUUUGCUGCCAACCCUUCCCGCUGUGACAGGACUGCCUUUCUCCUUCCCACCGCGUCUUUCCUCCUUUUCUGCCUCCUCCUCUUUCUCUUUACUUUUACUACGCUCUACUCUCACUGCUAUAACCAAGCGUCUCUGCUGCUCAUCAUUGUAACCUUCACCCUAACGCUGGCCCCUCAGAUUCAGACCUCAAGCUUCAGGGACCCGGAGACUCUCAAACCUUCACCCGAUGUGGAAGAGUUCAGUGGCAUGGGACCAACAAACAACCUGUCCUAUGACAAGAUCCCAGGCGAUAACAGCUGGUCCCCUUGUCUCUCUCCUGUUGGCACCUUCUCCCUCUGUAUCGAGGUUCUUCUGCUGCUAUACAGCGUUCUCCAUGUUCGCCUCUAUGCUUCUGUUCUGCUUGGGUUUCUCUACUCUUUAUCUUUUGAGAUUAUGGGUUGGAUGCAUCUCAGCCAGGCAGACAAAAGCUGGAACUUGGCCUCUCAGUCAGACUGGGACACGUUAUGUUGGCUCGGCCCAGCCAAAGCUCUGCUUCAUCUCUGUGCCCACGCCAUCGGCAUCCACCUAUUCAUCAUGUCUGAAGUGCGGUCGCGCAGCACCUUCCUUAAGGUGGGACAAGCAAUCAUGCAUGGCAAAGAUCUGGAGGUGGAGAAAGCCUUGAAGGAGCGAAUGAUUCACUCUGUCAUGCCCAGACUUGUGGCUGAUGAACUGAUGAAGCAAGGUGACGAGGAGAUCGGUGAUAAUUCUGUUAAACGAUACUCCACCAGCGGCGCAGCAGCUGUAAUCUCCAGCCCUAAAAACAAUAAGCGCAAGAAAACCUCCAUCCCUCGUGGCCAGAUCAUCUUCAGACCCUUUAACAUGAAGCGGAUGGAGCCUGUCAGCAUCCUCUUUGCAGACAUUGUGGGUUUCACAAAAAUGUCCGCCAACAAAUCCGCUCACGCCCUCGUUGGGCUUCUGAAUGACUUAUUUGGACGUUUUGAUCAACUUUGUGAGCUCACUGGCUGUGAAAAGAUCAGCACUCUAGGGGACUGUUACUACUGUGUGGCUGGUUGCCCUGAACCGAGACCAGACCACGCCUAUUGCUGCGUGGAGAUGGGCCUCGGCAUGAUCCAGGCUAUUGAACAGUUCUGCCAGGAGAAGAGGGAGAUGGUCAACAUGAGGGUGGGUGUUCACACUGGCACUGUUCUGUGUGGUAUCCUCGGCAUGAAACGCUUCAAGUUUGACGUUUGGUCAAACGACGUCAACCUGGCCAACCUAAUGGAGCAGCUGGGAGUGGCUGGGAAGGUCCACCUAUCGCAAGCCACCGCCAACUUCCUGGACGAUCGCUAUCAGCAUGAAGAUGGACAAGUCAUUGAGAGAAUCGGACAUAGUGUGGUGGCCGACCAGCUCAAAGGCAUGAAGACCUACCUGAUCUCUGGCAGGAAGGUGGAGCCUCACUCUCUCUGCAGCUGCUCUCAGCUGGCUUUGGAAGGGGCCGAGCAUGCAGAUCGUCCGAGUCCCUCUUCCAUGGUGCACACACCUGAUGGAGACCCUGCAGCCUGCACCCUGCUUCCUGAAAGCGCUAAGCCCCAUAUGCUGCACGCCCCAACCUCUUCUGCCCCACAGUCUCCGUGUCUGUCCUGCAGUGUGUUACUGAUCCAAGGGGAGGAUCGAGUUCUGGAGGAAGCAGCUGUGCACGACGGCUGCUCUGACGACCGGAAAACCAACAGCAACAAGGACACUUUAAAUCUGAAGUGUUCCCCAGCGGUCUCCGCCGGGCGCAGCCCCAAGGCCCUAAACGGCCUGCUCAGUCCUCAACUGGAAGCCUUGAACAACAGCCAGACCUCCCUGUGUGAGAUGCUGCAGGAGAAGGAGAAGAAGACUUGGAGCGGAGGAGCUGUGGGCAUGGAUCAUUCGGCGCUCAUCCCUCUACGCUCCAAGAACUUCAGGGAGAGGAGCGAUGCUCACUUUGUGGACGUCAUCAAAGAGGACAGCCUCAUGAAGGACUAUUUCUACAGACCUCCCAUAAACAAACUGAGCCUCACCUUCCUGGAGAGGAGCCUCGAGUCUGCUUACCGGAUAAGCUACCAGGAGGAGGUGGAAAUCCAGGCAGCGGUGGAGACCUUCGCCAGUCCGACAUUCAGUUCUUUCCUCGACAUGCUGCUGUGCUGCUCAGUGUUUCUGGCUCUGUCGCUGGCCUCGUUCCUUCGCCCGCUGGUUUCCCAGCACAGUUUGUCCACACCAGCUCUCAUUCUGACCACCGUAGCCGGCCUGCUGGAGGCGCUGGCUUUGCUGUUUGCUGUACGUAUGGCUUUCUACCUGGACAGUGUGCUCAACUGCACCCGGGUGCUGAUGAGAGCCGUUUCCGGCUGGAUAGCGCGUCACUUCAUAGGAGCCGUCCUGGUGUCCCUGCCCACUGUGGCUGUCUUCUCUCACGUGGCCUGUGACAUGCAUCAGUCCCUGCAGUUCACCAUGUUCAUCUGCUGUGCUGUCAUCGUAGCUAUCAUUCAGUACUGUAACUUCUGCCAACUCAGCUACUGGAUGCGCUCAGUUUUAGCAACUUUGGUGGGACUAGCGCUGCUCGCCAUACUCUUCAACUCCCCAUGCAGUGGUGCUAAAAGUCCGUUCUUCUGGUCAGAUGGCCAGAGCAGUAUCAGCAACAGCAGCAGCAACAGCUCCAUGGGCAUGUCUGACCGCCCAUCCGACCCGCGGGACCUGCUGGGCCCCGAGGCCUGCGUCGCCUUUUUCCUGGUCCUCCUCCUCAUCUGGUUCCUUAACCGCGAAUUUGAGGUCAGUCACCGCCUGCAUUACCAUGGCAACGUAGAAGCUGACCAGCAUCGCAUCAAGAUCCAGAACAUGAGGGACCAGGCCGACUGGCUGCUCCGCAACAUCAUCCCAAUCCAUGUGGCCGAGCAGCUGAAGGUCACGCAGAGCUACUCCAAGAACCACGACAAUGUGGGCGUGAUAUUUGCCAGCAUCGUUAACUUCAGCGAGUUUUACGAGGAAAGUUACGAGGGAGGCAAGGAGUGUUACCGUGUCCUCAACGAGCUAAUCGGCGACUUUGACGAGCUGUUGCGGAAGCCUGCCUUCUCGAAUAUGGAGAAGAUCAAGACCAUCGGUGCCACCUACAUGGCGGCGGCGGGGCUCAACGCGCAGCAGUGUGCGGAUGCGGCGCAUCCUCACGCACACCUGCGCGCUCUCUUCGAGUUCACCCUUGAGAUGAUGCGCGUGGUGGACGACUUCAACAAGAACAUGCUGGGCUUCGGCUUCAAGCUCCGCAUCGGAUUCAACCACGGGCCUCUCACAGCCGGGGUGAUUGGCACCACGAAGCUUCUCUACGACAUCUGGGGCGACACGGUCAACAUCGCAAGCCGCAUGGACACCACGGGUGUGGAGUGUCGCGUCCAGGUCAGCGAGGAGAGCUACUGCGUGCUCAGCGCCAUGGACUACGAGUUCGAUUACCGCGGCACUGUUAACGUCAAGGGCAAGGGCCAGAUGAAGACCUUCCUCUUCCCGAAGAGCGGCGACAGUGGCCCCGUGCCUCAGUACCAACUCUCCGUCUCACCGGAGAUCCGGGCCCAGGUGGACGGCAGCAUCGGGCGCUCGCCCACUGAUGAAAUUGCCAGCAUGGUGCCGGCGGCCGGCGUGACUGCCGGCAGCAGCCCUAUUAUCUUACCCAGCGCCGGCGCCGUUUCCUCGACGACCACAGGCCCUAACUACGAGAAGCCAGCGGACAGCCGCGAGAGACGUCCCUCUGCGGACAGCUCUCACGCCCGGCGCUCCACGUCUCAGCCGGACGGACCUCCUUCUUCUGCGCAUAACAAAGAGAUGGCGUCGCCCUCGGCCCAGCGUAGCACACCGCAAAAUUCAACGUCAAAUUCAACGGCGUCCCCAGGAGACAUCCAGAGGAACAAAUGGGAUGGUGACUGCGACGGCAACGUUGGAGAGCUAACCAGACUUUAGGAAUUUGCUACAAUGGAGCUUUUAUCAUAAACCUUCUACCCUUUAAGCUUUCGUUCGUCCCGGCGGGCGUUUGUAGGAAUCGCUGUACAUUUGAUCCUAGCCGAGUGUUAGAAAACCAGAGAGAGACUCACGGGCCUCUUUCCUGCCCCACCCGGGCAGCGGCUUAUUUUUGCUGCCCGUCUGAUUGGUGUUAUCAGGGGAAAGAUCUAGCUGGAACACUGAGUGAUUGUCAGGUAGGAACAGUGGGAGGAAAUGGGAAGAAGUGACGGGUCAUUCUGAACCUUCUCCUUUCCUGCUCAAGAUCACAAUGUGUCCCGAUAACUCAAUUAUCCGUGUACCUUUAAUUCUUUCAUAUGUCUUUUAAGUGCCUUUAGAGUAGAAUAAUGUAUAGACUGCGCCUUUUUCAGUAAGGGAAGCACAACAAAAAGGGAAAACUGUCAAAAAAGUCACACGUCCAACGCUAUGCUUUCAUCAAGUUUAUUUAGUAAAAUAUACUCGUGCUGUGAUGUUUUGGCUUCUAUCAAAGAGGGAGCUCACCGUGAACAUGAAAAGUGCUACUGCAUGACGAGAACAUAUGUGUUAAGUGAAGGGAAAUUAGAUGUCACUCCAAGAUAUGCUGUUUCCAUAUUCUUCAUGGAAACCAGAAGAACCUUCAUUAAAAGGCGCAGCAAAGACCAAUCGGCAACCAAAGGGCAGCUGGGGCCCGAGCUGCGAGUUGUAUGAGUUUAUUUGCAUGCUAAGUGUGUGUGUGUGUGUGUGUGUGUGUGCGUGCGUGUGCUUGUAUGUGUCUCGUGUGGUAACAAAACCACGCCGUGUUUAACGAGGAGAGGCCCCCUUGUGAGCUACUUGACUUAUUUGAUGAAACCGACGACAAACAGUUUAGGAACGCAAAUCCCCCUAAAAAAAAAAAAAUCGGCCGCCUGUGUGGCAAUUCUUGCAGUGCCUCAGUGCCGAGGCAUGACGGUCUCGGCUACAUUUAAUCAGCAUGCUUGCAAAUACAGCGUGGUAGACGAGGUUAGCUGUGACUUGUGUUGCGUGAGGUGUUGAUGAGUAUUUCAGUGGACGCUGCAAGACGGUGCCGCACCUGUGGAGUGUCUUGACUGUAGACUGAUUAGACGAAACAAACGCUUUGGAUCACACUGUGUUUUAGCCGAUGGGGCUUUUUCGGAAAUGGAUGAUCUAAGUGGAAUGUCACAAAGCCGAAGUAAAUGUGUUUUAUUGUGUUCUGUUGUUACACAAAACUUAAAUUGUUCCUUCCCUCUCUGAUGUCGGGGAUUUUAAGUACAUUACUAGAUGGAAACAGCUGGAUGCAUUCGCUGCUUUGCUAUUUUAGUGGCAUGAAACUUAAUGUAUUAGCACUGCAAAUGCAAAAGUGUGCAAUUUUAUAAUAGAGAUGCAUCUUUCUUUGAAACUUUGAUUUUAUGCUCUUAUGUCAUAUUACUAAGGAAAUCAAACGUAUUAAACUGUACAUCUCUUUUUCACUGUUUCCCUCUCAGUGUUUCUUAGCUUAAAGGAUUGUGUGCUCAGAGGUAAAAAAGUUUAAACAUUAAAUCCAGUCCGUGUCCUAUUUUUUAUGUUUAAAUAUCCGCAACUACUCUUUAACCUCCUGCUGUUAAAUUAACUUUAAAUAAUUCACACUUAAUUAUGAAUCGUACAAAACAAUCAAAUAAUGUAUUCCAACUACAACUUUUAAGGUUACCUUAAUGGUUAAAUAUUUUUCUAUGUUAGAAGAUAAGGUUGCCUGUGCCUUUUUAAUUUCGCAAACUCAUCUUUUUGUUCUCUGUUCGCUCUGAGUUUCUUACAUUUUUUAAAACAAUGAAUAUUUCCAAAGGCUUACUAUAAGCAGAGAAUUUUCACAGAUGCUUAAUUUGAAUGGUUUAGAUUUUCUAUACGGCCAUGAUGUUUAAGCAGUGCCUUUUCUUUAUACAAACGAUUAAAUAUAAACACACUAAUCAUAUCCACUAUUAACUGCCCACGUUAUGAAUUCCUUGAUGCUCGGCCACCAUUGUGUUCUGUAUCCAUUGCUCGGAUGGAGUUGGGUUGAUUUGGAUGCAAUAGUAAUGUUUCUACACUUAUGAGCACAACCCUUGUGCUGGCCCAACAUUUUUGUUUAUUAUACCAAAAAAAAGGCGCUUAUGAUAAUUGUUGUCAUUAUCCAUGGUCAAGUUGUUUUGUGAACGUUCAAGAAGGCCGUUUAUAUAUUAAAUGUUAAAACACAUUUUCACAAGGCGCUCACUUUUUUUGUACAGUAUGCCUUUAUAUUGUAUAGCAUCUGAGCAUUUUAUAUUAUUUAUAUAAGCGCAUGUACUAGUAUUAAAUUGUCCAACAAAAAAAAACUGGGUUAUUUGAACAAUGUUGGAAUGAAACUUCUGUGUUCUUGCCUGCACGUGUGUAAAGGAAACGUAUGAGUGUUUGUAAAACUGUGGUUGUGUGUGUGUGUUGGAAAAGAUGCUGUAAUAUUACCGUUUAAAGUAUUGCUUCAAUCAAUGCAGACGUCUAUUUCAAACUGGCCAAAUAAAAUGGGCGAGAUACUACUAGUAUUCUGUAGGUAGGCAGUGUUUCAGUAGCCUGCUACAGCUAUGUUUUAAUUAGUUGUUGGGUUUUUGGCAUUUCUUUUGUACAUAGUACUCUUAGUAGGUAUGUAAAUGAAGGUUCAAACUGAAUAAAGCCAGUUUCUGUCAAA